AUGGUUUCUUCGUUUGGAAUAUAUAAAACUCAUAGAAGAAAAUAAUUUUUCUACAGAAGCUGAGUUUAUACAAAUUGAAAAUAUUCUUUGUGCAACUAAAGAUAGCUCAGAUGCUAUUCCUGAAACACCACCCCAAAAAUCUUUAAUUGAU